UCUUCUGUGUGGAGGUGAGAUUCUCUGUCACCGAGAUUUCCGGUCUGUCGGUGCGAGGACUGUGUAACUGUCUGGGCGCAGAUUGUUUUAUAGAUCAGAAUGGUUGUAGAAUGUGUGCACUUGGAGGCUGAUGUCUAUAUGGUUUGUUUAACACAUGCAUUAUCAACGGAAAGAGAAGAAGUAAUGGGAUUACUCAUAGGGGAGGUUGAUGAGAAUCGUACCCUUCACAUAUACUCUGUGAUCAUGUUAAGAAGAUCUGACAAGCAACCAGACAGAGUAGAAAUCUCCCCUGAGCAACUCUCAGAUGCCUCAAGCAAAGCAGAGAGACUAGCCCAGCAGUACAGCAAGCCUUUGAGAGUUUUAGGGUGGUACCAUUCUCAUCCCCACAUCACUGUCUGGCCGUCACAUGUUGAUGUGAGAACUCAGGCCAUGUAUCAGAUGAUGGAUGAAGGUUUUAUUGGACUAAUAUUUUCUGUCUUCAAUGAAGACAAAUCUACUAAGAGUUACAGACAUCAGCUGACAUGUUUCCAGUCCGUAAAUCAGGCCAGGGAAGGCUAUCCUCCACAGUAUGCAAGAGUUGAAGUCCCCCUCCACAUUGUCCCAAGCUCUGGGCUGGGAAAAGCUUGUUUGGAAUCUCUCAUAGAACUUCCCAAGAUCCUUUGUCAGGAGGAGGAAGAAGAGUACAAAAAGGCUGAGGCCGACCAGGACUUAGAUCUGAUCACUAAACUCAAAAACUCCUCAGUUUUUACAAAUUCACUGUGCCAUAUCAUGGAAGUAAUGCAUGGACCAUUAAUUCAGUCUUUGGAAAGCCGUUUAGAACAGAACAACGCAAAGAUCGCAGAGCUAGAAAAGAGAGAAGCGGAAAUCCAGAGACUCCUUGACAGCAGCUAGUUAUUUUACAAUUGUUGUUUAAAAGUUAUUUGUUAUAAAUGUGAGAUUUAUAUGCCCGUGUUUCUUGUAAAUAAUAAAAUGUAUGUUAUGAUCA